AUGUUGCUGGCCAGCAACGACCAUGCCGCCCAUCAACAGAUGCGCACACUCCCCGUGAACAUCCUUUCUGCGGUUAUUCGAGCGCUAGAUCCCAUUCAAAAUCCACAAAUCGACAUUGCCCAUGGUCUCAAUAUUACUCUGGGUCAGAUUCAAUUCACCAAUGCAUGUAAUCUGGUGGACAAAUUCGGUGUGCGGCAUCAUCAUCUCUUUGUCCUCGAGGCCAUGAAGCUCCUGCUAAAAUCUCGUCGCGCUGCUGGACGUGAGCUUGUCCUAGCCGACUACGAAGUAUUCAUGCGCUGUGCUGGUGCUGCCAGCGAUAUCGCGGCUGCCACCUUCUUUUUUGGUGCCAUCAGAGCACAUGGCUUAGCUCUUAAGCGGACGACGACAACUUGGAACGAGUUUCUCAAGGCGCGCUACCAGAUAAAUCCCGCCUAUUACCAGUUCGAUCGCCAACGAGUUGUUCUACAAGCUCGCCAUUCAUUCAGAGUCACUUUCAGGACAAGUUUGAGAAACAUCAGGCGCAUGGAGUCUCUACGACAUAGUAUGAAUGCACUCAAAAGACUUCCCUUCAACCGUCAAAGGCACAGGCUGUGGGCGGAUAACCUCUUGUGGCAGAGGCAGAAGACUGGUUUCCAAAGCUACUUUGCCAAUUGGCGCCGCUCUAGAGCUAUGGGCGUUUUACUAAACGAGGAGUUGCUGUGUAAUACUAUGGUUGGCCUCAGCCGCAGUGGUUCACUCACACAUAUACGGAGUAUUGUCUUAAAAAAGGGUCUCGGAAUCGGCCUCCUUGAAGACAAAGAAACAGGGAUUUUCUCCGUCAUUGGCAGCAGGACACUUCGAUAUGGCAGCCCCAAAGCUCCUACCAAACGCUUCCUUAACGCCAUGGUCGAAGCCCUGGGGUGCAUGUCUCGCAUUCGUCUCUGUCUCGAUCUAGUCAUUCACACCUCCAAGGUCUACAGAAUCUCAAUACCACCUGAGACGUGGAACAAUCUUUUCAACUGGGCCUACGUUUGUUCGACCAAGUCAAACCAAGCUCAACGGAGAAUGAUGGAUAGCUUUCCUCGUUCUGCGUUGGUAGAUGCCCAGCUUGUUACCAAAGUAUGGGAAACCAUGACCUCAGAACCUUACAAAGUCAAACCUACUUUCGAAAGUUAUAUCGCUCGUAUCAAAGUACUCAUCUUUCAAGACAAGUUUGGUGCGGCGAGGGAGAUGAUUCGUGACCAUGCCAUAAAGCAUUACCGCCGUCUUGAGCGAGAGCACCAGCAAAUUGUAUUCGAUGAGGUCUUGCAAGAAGUCUCUCAUGCCAGCCAUCGACGCCUUACAAUCGAAACCCAGAAGGAACACGCCUGGUACGCGAUUCAAGAGUGUGUUCGCCAUUUCUUCAGCGACGCUACCAGUAACGCCCGUCGACGAAAAUCCAAUUUCCCACUAACGGCCAUACCUAACAUCAUCUUGGAGUUCGGCGAGUUCAUGAAUGAACAAAUACGUUAUCGUACCGCACAAGGCUAUGUGUGUCUUGAGCGCAGUGUAACGCCGUGUCGUUUCGAGUGGGUCAAGAGGAAACGCGAAACACUGCCUCAGCUCAAGGGCGGUUUCGAAACCCAAAUGCUGGCAAUGGAUGGUAAGAUUGCCGACGUGGAAACAUUUGAUGAACGCAUGGAGAACUGGCCCAGGGACAAUGUCAUGAAUGUGCGAGAGUGGAAACGUGUACCCAACCCUAGGCCUCGUGCUAAGGGUGCGCCGCCCGAGUCAACAGAUGUGAAUGCGAGAGAAUGGUGGGAGACCUUGGCGGGGGAACUGAUGAGGUAG